AUCCCUUUUUAGUUGAACAAUUAUCUAAUCAAAGUGACAAAGAUAGCCAUCGCAAUGGUUUUCCAAUUUCAAUGGAUUUCAAUGUAAAUUAGAAAGAAAUUUGAAGGAAAACUUGCAAACACGAAAACAUCUCGCUGGCUGGUUUUCUCGCAGAACGAUAUUCUUGGUCAUCCAAAAACCAAACUGUUCAUAACAGAUGGAGCCAGUGGGCUCGCCGAGGCGGUGUACCACGGUGUUCCAAUGAUCUGCUCACCUUUCUUUGGAGAUCACAAUGUGAAGUACACUGGUCUUGGUGAGAUUCUAAAUGUCCAGACGACAACUGUUGACAAACUUGUUGAGAUGAUAAAUAAAGUACUGACCAAGAAAAGGUAUAAAGAAAAGGCUGAUUAUUUCUCUAGAGUAGUGAAAAUGCGACAAAGGACUCCACUGGAAGAAGCAGCAGAGCUCAUAGAAUACCUCCAUGCAGUUGGUAACCUGGCUCAUCUCAAACCAAAGGGCCUGGAACUACCUUUCCAUCAGCUAUACAUGCUAGAUGUAUUGUUGGUUCUUGGAGUAGUAUUUGCAGUGGUCUUGUUUAUUGUUGUAGCUUUGGUAAAACGAGUCAUUGACCUUUGCUGUGGUGCUCUCGUCUUUUAAAAUAACCAGAUUAUUCCUUGUAAAUUAUGAAAAGAAAAAAAAUAAUCACCAUACAAUUACGGUAAAAGAUUGUGUGAUAUGUGAUGAACCCGAGGACCUCAAAAAUUGGUAGUGAUAAGGGUAGCUAGCCACCCCCUGUUUGGGUUCAAAAAUACAGAAAUGAAAUAUGAAAUAAAAGUGAAUGGUACACAUUCUGAAUAACA